AUGAAAACCGCAGUAAACAUCUCGGUUGACCCUAAGGUGGAGAAUUGGGAAAUGCUCUGUGCAGCUGCGAAGAGGCACGUGGAAGAGUUCCUCCAACAAGCCGGCAACAUUAUCAAUGUUGCUGAACUCUCACAAUAUACUACACUUAAACUUUCUAUAGGCUACCUCUUCCCUGGUACCGAAAACACCCUGAAUAAGGUUGGAUCUUUCCAGAACAUCCAGAUAAUUGGAAAAAGAAUCAAUGAGUUAUGGAUAGCUUCUAAAAAAGACGACAGCAAUACGUGGGAAAACGAGCUACUUAUUCAUGAAGCUCUCAAGGCGGUUAUUACUCCUUCGGUAGCAAGUGACGACACAAGCUCAUCCACGCGCGAUCCACUGGACAGGAAGGGAAACCCAAUGAACUUCCUGCUUCCAGCAUACGAAACGAUGUGGAGGGUGGUGAUGAGGUGUCUCCUGGAGAUACGAUAUCGUGGAGCAGAGAAUGGUCAAGCGUGGAGUAGAAUUCUUCGAGACUACAUUGACAACCUGCAAGAUUCGGGCGUGGUAAGCACCUUCCGGAGUCCGGGCCAGAAUGGGACAUCGGCGCUGGACAUUGUCAAAGAAGCCUUGAGGCUGUAUCCCCCAAGCCGCCGUAUCCACAGGGAGUUCGAUUCUGGAGCGCAGAGAAUAGAUAUUGAAAAAAUCCAUAGAAGCAAACUCCUUGGGCAAGAUGAUCCUCUCGUAUUCAGGCCCGAGAGAUGGCAGAGUAUCGGAGCUGAAUUCAGACCACCACAGGUAGCGGUUGAUGACGAGGUAGCGAAGACCAGGUUGAGGGAAUUAGAAGAGGAACUAGGGUUCAUGCCUUUCGCGUUCAGGUGUCCAGCUGGUAAGGGUGAGACGAGGGGCUUUGGGUGGAAGAUGAUCGCGCUUUUGGUUGGCGUCAUAAGCGAUGGACUAGAUUCUGACUGGGAGUUGAAGAAUGGCGGGGCCUUGCCACAAAUAGGAACACCGCUAGCUUCGGAUAGAGAGGCAUAUACAGACUUGGAGCUGAAGAGGAGGACCUAG